UGCUACUAGGAGGCUCCCAUAUAUAUAAUACAUCUCAAGUUGCUGGAUCCAUAACUCUCAUUCCUCUACCUCAGGGAUCAAUUUUAGCACAUACCCAGAUACUGGAUACUUGUUCCCUCAAGCCACGAUCAAUCCAUCGAGAUAUCCCUGCAAUUAUUAUCUUCUUUUUCCAUCUCUACAGCCAUGGAUAAAUCUUUGAGAACUGCUUUGUUUUCUUGUGUUCUGCUUAUCUGCUUAUGUGUUUCAUCAUCUUUUGCUCAAACUUGUGGGGGGCAUGCUUUCUCUAGCAAUCAAGUAUUCACUGCCUGCAGCGAUCUUCCUGUGUUGAGUUCUUUCCUCUAUUGGAACUAUCAUCCAUCCAACCUCACAGCUGAUAUUGCUUUUCGCAAAACUGGAGCAUCCACAAACACUUGGGUUGCAUGGGCUCUCAAUCCUGGCGGCCAACAGAUGACUGGCUCACAGGCUAUUCUGGCUUUCCAUAAUUCCAGCGGCGUCCCGACUGCUUAUACCACCUCUAUAACCAGCUUAUCCCCGUCGAUGCAACCGGGUGGCUUGAGUUUUCAGGUCUCUAAUCUUAAAGCAGAGUAUUCAAAUGGGGAUAUGAUAAUCUUUGCUACUCUACACCUUACCAGUAGCCUGAUAUCGACCAACCAAGUGUGGCAGGAAGGUACCAUGAGUGGAACUAGCUUUAAUCCUCAUGCCAUGGAUUCAGCAAACAGAGCAUCAGUAGGGACCAUUAAUUUUGAGACUGGAGCAACAGUUGCAGGAACCGUCCGAACAAGCAGUAAGAAGAAUGUUCAUGGAGUACUAAACGCAGUGAGCUGGGGAAUUCUGAUGCCAAUGGGAAUAAUGAUAGCAAGAUACUUGAAGGUGUUCAAGGUAGCAAACCCAGCUUGGUUUUAUCUACAUGCAGCUUGCCAAUCAUCUGCAUAUAUCAUUGGAGUUGCUGGAUGGGGAACUGGUCUUAAACUCGGCAGCGAUUCUCCUGGAAUCAAAUACAGCAAACACAGAAAUAUUGGCAUAACCCUCUUUUGCUUUGCAACUCUUCAGGUAUUUGCUCUGCUGUUGAGGCCAAAGCCAGAUCACAAAUACAGAUUGUACUGGAACAUCUACCACCAUUCCAUUGGAUAUGCAACCAUCGCCCUUAGCAUCAUAAACAUCUAUGAGGGUUUUGACAUUUUAGACCCUGAGAAGAAAUGGAAAAACACCUACACUGGGAUUAUCAUAUUCUUGGGUGCUGUUGCAGCUCUCCUGGAGGUUUCAACUUGGAUCAUUGUCCUCAGAAGGAAGAAAACAGGCAGCUCCGACAAACAUGUCAAUGGGACUAAUGGAUAUGGUGCUUAGAACACAAUUGACACUCUAGCCUUCUUCCCUCUUGGUUGUUUUUUUUUUUUAUUUGUUAUUAUUUUUUAGUUUAAUAUAGAGAUUUGCCUAUAUCUUUGUAUAGGUUUUUAUUUGUUUGGGUAUGUGGAACAGACUGGCUCAGGCUGUAAUUUUCUUGUUAUAUAUACUCAGAUAUUCAUUCCAUUA